CACCGUGGGUUAUUGUCGUAGUAUGGUAAAUUGUACCAAACCACUUGCACUGAAAUCAAAGUUGGCUCGUGCUAGUCAUUAUUGCACGUUACUAAUACAUAGACACAAUGGCGAUUUUCGUGUUAACAGUAGUAGGAUUAAUGUUUGCUGCAUGUGCAGUGAACGCCGAAGAAGUCACCGACUUUCGCAUGUGCAGGAAUGCUAGAUGUGAAGUUUAUGAUGUGUAUAUUGAUCCAUGUCCCGAAGCUUUAAACCACGAACCAUGUCAAGUACCACAAAACAGUACCGCGUCUAUCACAUUUAAAUAUAUUGCUAAAUUCGGUUCGAAGACACCAAAGACAAGACUAUACGCUGAAACUGCUACAGGGGACUUGCCGUUUAUGGACAUGGACCCGAACGCAUGCUUAUACACAGAUUGUCCCAUUGUGAUGAACGCCGAACAAAAUUGGCUGUACAAUUUAUACAUUACCACAAAAUAUCCUAAGGAUGAUUACACAGUUAAGUUGAAGUUCUGGGAUGACGGACCUAAAGCCAAUAAGAAGGACGUAUGCUGCUUUAAAUUCGAUAUUAAGAUCGUUUAACUUGAAUGGAAAAUACUCACAACCUAAACAUAUAUAUAUAUUGGCACCCAUAAUGGCAUAUAAUAUAAAUAUAAUACAUCAUUA